GACCAAAUAUCCAAAGCUCGUGACAACGCUACCGCCGCCACUUCUCUCCUCUGUCAGUUUAAUCGCACUGAAAUGGAAGUGGAAGUAAAGCUACGUCUCGCAAACGCCGAAGCUCAUCGCCAAGUCACCGCUUUGCUCUCUCCCUUCCACGUCAUCACCCAUCAUCAACACAACCACUUCUUCGACGGCGCCGCCUCCGAACUCUCUUCUCGUCGAGCCACACUUCGUUUCAGAUUCUACAAUGAUGAUGAACGGUGUGUCGUUUCACUUAAAGCAAAAGGGGUUCUAGUCAACGGCGUGCGUAGUGUAGAGGAAGACGAGGAAGAUUUGGAUCCGAAGAUUGGUCGAGAUUCCGUUGAUGAACCAGGGAAGUUGGGUUUUGUGGAUUCGAGGAUUAUGGGGAGAGUGAAGGAGGAAUUUGGGGUGGUGGGUAAAAAUGGGUUUGUGGGAUUAGAGGAUUUUAGGAAUGUGAUGAAUGUUUAUGAAUGGAAAGGUUUGAAAUUGGAAGUUGAUGAAACUGGUUUUGAUUUUGAGACUUUGUUUGAGAUUGAGUGUGAGAGUUCUGAUCCUGAAGAAGCUAAACGGAUUCUGGAGGAGUUUUUGAAGGAGAAUGACAUUGAUUAUUCAUACUCUAUUGCUUCUAAAUUCUCAAUUUUUCGAUCUGGGAAAUUGCCAUAGUGUGUCAAUUUUCUAUCGUUUUUUGAGUUGAGUUGAAUUAGUUUAUAAGUUAUGUUUUUGUUGUUGAUAAUAUAUGAGUGUAA